GCGCCCCCCUCCCCUGCCCCCUCCCCCCCGCCAUGGCCACCCCGCCGAAGCGCGGCAGGUGCGAGGGGCGGAUCAAGAAGGUCGCCGUGGAGGGAAACAUAGCUGCAGGGAAGUCAACGUUUGUGAAUAUUCUCAAACAAGCUGAUGAGGAGUGGGAAGUUGUUCCCGAGCCUGUAGCUAGAUGGUGCAACGUGCAGCAGAGCGCUGAGGAGGAUUGUGAGGAGCUGACUACAUCCCAGAAGAGUGGUGGAAAUGUGCUUCGGAUGAUGUAUGAGAAGCCAGAGAGGUGGUCGUUCACUUUCCAGACGUAUGCCUGUCUCAGCAGGAUCCGGGCUCAGCUCAAAUCCCUGGAUGGCAAACUCAAAGAGGCAGAGAACCCUGUGGUUUUCUUCGAGCGAUCUGUCUACAGCGACAGGUAUAUCUUUGCAGCUAAUUUAUACGAGUCUGAUUGCAUGAAUGAAACGGAAUGGACUAUCUACCAAGACUGGCACGACUGGAUGAAUAAGCAGUUUGGGCAGAGCCUAGCGCUGGACGGGAUUAUUUAUCUCAGAGCCACUCCUGAGAAAUGCUUAAAUAGGAUUUACUUGCGUGGAAGAGAUGAAGAGCAAGAAAUUCCCAUUGAAUAUCUGGAGAAGCUUCACUACAAACAUGAGAGCUGGCUUCAGCAUAGGACUCUGCGAACGGAUUUUGAGUAUCUACAGGAGAUACCUAUCUUAACGCUAGAUGUUAACGAAGACUUCAAAGGCAAAAAGGACAGAUAUGAUCACAUGACUGAAAAGGUGAAAGAAUUUUUGAGCACCUUAUAAUCCUCUUUGAAGCACAGGCAGAGUCAAACUGUUCCAAACAUCUGUGCGAUCAAAGUCUGAAGUACAGCUUCUGCUUUUAUAGGAGGCCUCCGGAGAGGCAGGACUCAAUCCCG